AUGGAGCCAGCCAACAGGACAGAGGUCUCGGAGUUCUACCUGAAAGGAUUUUCUGGCUACCCAGCUCUGGAGCAGCUGCUCUUCGCUCUGUGCUCAGCCAUGUACCUGGUGACCCUGCUGGGGAACACAGCCAUGGUGGUGCUGAGCCUGCUGGACGCCCGCCUGCACACGCCCAUGUACUUCUUCCUGGGCCACCUCUCCCUCCUGGACAUCUGCUACACAUCCACCUUUGUGCCCCUGAUGCUGGUCCACCUCCUGUCCCCCCGCAAGACCAUCUCCUUCACUGGCUGCGCCAUCCAGAUGUGCCUGAGCCUGUCUACGGGCUCCACCGAGUGCCUGCUGCUGGCCAUCAUGGCCUACGACCGCUACCUGGCCAUCUGCCGGCCCCUCCGCUACCCUGCGCUCAUGAGCCGCAGGCUCUGCUCGCUGCUGGCUGGCGCCGCCUGGGUCCUCUGCCUGCUCAAGUCGGCGUCCGAGACCGUCCUAGCUAUGAGGCUGCCCUUCUGUGGCCACCGCACGGUCAGCCACUUCACCUGCGAGAUCCUGGCGGUGCUGAAGCUGGCCUGCGGGGACACGUCGGCCAGCGAGGCCUUCCUGCUGGUGGGUGCCGUCCUGCUGCUGCCCGUGCCCCUGGCUCUCAUCUGCCUGUCCUACACGCUGAUCCUGGCCACCAUCCUGAGGGCGCCCUCGGCCGCCGGCCGCCGCAAAGCCUUCUCCACCUGCUCGGCACACCUGGCUGUGGUGCUGCUUUUCUAUGGCACCGUCAUCUUCAUGUACAUGAAGCCCCAGAGCAAGGAGGCCCACAUCUCCGACGAGGUCUUCACGGUGCUCUACGCUGUGGUCACGCCCAUGCUCAACCCCAUCAUCUACAGCCUGAGGAACAAGGAGGUGAGGGAGGCCGCCCGGAAGGUGUGGGGCCAGAGACGGGCCUGCCGGUGA